GCUAAGUUUGGACAACACUUUGUGAAUUCCGGAAUGCUAAGAAUUUCAUGUACUGUGGAGCUGUUUCCUUCCUCACGACAUUUCUGCAGCAAGCUGGCCGCUGAGGAGAUUCGCAUAGAAAGAACAUUGGAUCGUUACAAGCUUUUCCGUGACGAAGGGCCAUCAUCGAGCGGCAAAUUUGGUCCAUAUUUACAAUCUCAGCGAAAACCAUUUUACGAGGAAGCUGCCGAGCAACUCAUUGAAAGCGGACAUGCGUAUCGAUGCUUUUGCACAAAAACAGAUGAAAAUUAUGGAGAAAUAACACAGCGAGCAGAUGAAGGUGAUUUUAUACUGCUCAAAGCCGAUUCUUUUCCAACCUAUCAUUUGGCCAACGUGGUGGAUGACCACUGGAUGAGAAUCAGCCAUGUGAUACGUGGAAGCGAAUGGCUUACAUCCGUCUCAAAACAUGUUCAACUAUAUCGGUCAGUUUGGUUUUUUUUUUUUCCUUAUCCCGAAGCUUCCACUACAAGAAAGAAUAAAAAUCGAAUUUUUUUUCUCAGCUCAAAUAUUUUUUUUUUGCCUUCUCAAGAGAAAUAUGUGUGUGCAAGAAGUACUUUUCUGCAUCUGCGACGUGACAGUCUUGUCUUUUAAGA